AUGUCAAUGAGGGCGACGGUUAGUGACGAAGCCUUGAGCGAAAAGCUAUCAGAAAAGGAUAUUUUCAAGAUCAAACUCUCGUUAUCUUGCCUUUCUAACCGCGUUGUGGUGAGUGGCACGACUGCAGUUUUGUAUUUUUGGCAACCACCAAGUCCCGAAUCACCUUCGAAUCAGUGGACAUAUUCCCGGAGCGGAGUUCCAGUUUUGGUCGUAAGUUCAGGAGACUCUGGUGAUAGAAAUCCUAGAGGAGUGUAUGUGGGUUUGGUGGAAAGAGAAAGUGGUUUUGCGACAUGGAAAGAGAUUAUUACGGCCAACUCAAAUUACAGGGAGCAACAAAAGAACUUUCAUACACUGGCGUUAUCAACUGGCGAUGGGACAAUGGCGGGUAUUCGGUUUCACUGCGAAGACUCUGCGAACACUUUCUUGAAAAGUGUCAUCGAUGCAGUAGAGGAAAAUUCGACUGCUGCCUCGGCACCGGAGUUAAAUAAACUUUCAACGCACACGAGUAAAGAACGUUUAAAGAAAUUCCGUAAACUAAAGAAAGUGGAGAUAUCAACUCCAUGUUUGUUUAGUCAUGUAACAAGCAUCACCACAGCCACGCAAAUUGGUGAAACAGGAAAAAAUCAAGGAAAAAAGGAUAAAGACAACGUGCAAGGUGUUAACGGAGAAUUAAACAGACCUACGCACAUACGAAGAGCGUUCAGUAUGUCCAAGACACGCAAAUAAUUCAAAUUAUGGAAACAUCUCAGUGACUUUCUCGACUUGGUUGGAUGUUGUGGUACUAGAAAUUUUCCGGUAGUAGUAUAUAUAAGCUUAUUACAAAAUUGUGUCGCUGGAAGGUAAAUUUCGCUUUCCCCAUUUAUGUUGUGUUUUAGCAGCAGCUGUUUACAGUUUAAUAUGUAGUCAUAAACAGGCAUUUUAAAAUCCCACUUCCUUGCGCCGCUGUAGUAAAAACACCUGACGGUUGUUUUGUUUUUCUGUGUUAUUCUGUGGGCAUGUUAUAGUGAGAAAUAAACUUAGCUACAAGGAAAUUUGUUCGCUCCUGCUUGAAAUUGUUGUAAAUGCGGUUUUCGUAAAGGAGAAUUAAUAAAUUAUUUGUGUAAGGUAAGUGGUAUUUCCUUGUCCUGAUUUAGGAAAGUUUAAGGGCGCGAUCAAGGAUAAACAAGUUAUUUUAUCUGUAGACCAUUGACCCUACACAGAUCUGCAUCCUUAAAUGGCAGUCGCUGUCACGAGGAAUGUGUGUGUUUACGACAGAGAUAAGUUCACGCUAGAGAGAUUCUUUUAUUUAAAUCGGUAGGCUUCUAAUUUAUAAUUUAUCUUUGUUUAAAUAUUUCUCUUCUUUUAAUUCAAAUUUUAACCUCAGGAUUUUUCCUUUCGUGCAAAUAGAAAUUUGUCAACACAAAAUUUUUGAAGAAAAAAGAACGAAACUGAAGAAAAAUUCGUUUUUGAUUUAAGCUACAGAAAAUUGCUUCUUUAUUGCACCAGUAAGCUAAAUUUUUUUGUACAAAUCACAACACUUUCCUUGAUGCAGGCAAUAUUAUUUUAUCUCCUCUCUGACUGGACUUGCUCACACAGUAUGCGGGCAAGAUGAAACAAAUCCUGCGUUGUGUUUGCCUACUAACCUGAGAAUACAGGCGUCAUCCCACGACACAAUCACUAGUUUUCCUGCCAAAUGACCUCUGAGGAACAAGUGUUUUAAUACACCAUACUGAUGACAUGUCGCUACUCAAAUCUGGGUAUUGCUUCCAAAUUAUUGGUCAAAGCAAAUUUCCCUUGCAACACAACCGAUUAAAAAGCACUACCAUGUUGUAAUCUGGGUAGUGACAUGCCAUCAGGAUGAAAUUUGUGCACAUGUUCAGACAUCAUUUUGCAGGAAAACCAGUGGCGUCACAAAAUGUUGGCUGUUUUCCUAGGAUAAUUGCCUAUCUGAGUGGGCAAAUGGGCUUAUCUUUCUCUCAAUAGAAAAUACUUUGUUUUGGCCACAUAAUGUAUCUAUUAUUGACCAAGCUUGUUUGGUCAAGAUGGCCAGAUAUUUUCUCAUUCGUGACAAAUAUCCAGCCCUCCUGACCUCGCACAUGGUCAAUAUUACAGAUUUAUUAAAGCAUUAUACCGGGCUAUAAGUGCCAUAUGUUAUUUUGUUUUUCAGUGUCCAUUUGUUCCCCUUAGAAUGAGAUUUUCAAACUGAAAGUUGGGUUAAAUCAUUCCUUUCAUGGAGUCAAUUCUUAGUAUGCUUAAGGUGUAAUGUAGGUGACAGGAUGGUUUAUCUCAGGAAACCAUGUACUUUAUUUUGAUGGCUUAUCAUAGGAGUUAGGUUUUUAUAUCUAUAGUUUAAGAACAAAGAAGUGUUUCCAAGUUCAGAUUACAAGAUUUUGCCAAGUGUGCUAGAUUAUUGAAUAUGGCUUCAAAAACUUCCUAUGUAGAUUAUUCAUUCUAUUAUUAAUACUACGAUUUUGGGUUGUUUUGUUUGUCAAGAACACUGUUCAUCUCAGUAAACCAUGUACUUAAUUUUGAUGGCUUGACAAAGUUUAUCAUCAUGGGAGUUAGGUUUUUAUCUAUAGUUUAAGAAUAAAGAAGUGUUUCCAAGUUUAGACUACAAGAUUUUGCCGAGUGUGCUAGAUUAUUGAAUAUGGCUUCAAAAACUUCCCAUGUAAAAUAUUCAUUCUUUUAUUAAUACUGCAAUUUUGGGUUGUUUUGUUUACCAAGAACACUGUACAUCACAGUAAACCAUGUACUUUAUUUCGAUGGUUUGACAAAGUUUAUUAUCAUGGGAGUUAGGUUUUUAUCUAUAGUUUAAAAAUAAAUAAGCAUUACAAAGUUUAGACAACAAGAUUUUGCCAAGUGUGCUAGAUUAUUGAAUAUGGUGUCAAAAACGUCCCAUGGAAAUUAUUCAUUUUUUAAUACUGAGCUUUUGGGUUGUUUUGUUUGCCAAGAACAAUGGGCAUAAAAUGUGUUAGAACAGGAUAGCGCAGGUACAGACAUGAGCAUUUAGCAUUCAAAAAUAAUGACUGUGUUUGUCACAAUACCCCCCAGUUCCCAUUAACUGCCAGCUGGCUAGCUCAAUAACGGGUUCCACAUGACAGAUUCACGGGUACGUCUGUCUUCAUUUACCAUCAAGUGAGGAGAAAGAGCUUAUAGUCCCUAUUUCCAAUCACUUCAAUUGUUGAGUUCUCCCCCCCCCCACCCCCCAGGUCCCUACCAGUUAAAAGACAGAUCAAUAACUCAACAAUCCUUUAUACAGGGAGACUCACCCUUUUAUAUACCAUUUUAUGACAGAAAAGCUAUCCUUUUUGUAUACUUUCUGUUGACAAAUGGUGCCCCUUGGCUUUCACAUCCCUCAUUUAGAAAUUUAUAUUCCUCUUAGCUGCAAACCACAAAACCAGAAUUAACCAUCAAAUGGAUCUGUUAGCGCUGUUACUGGGAGCCCAUUAAGCGGCUUCUGGAGGCCUGAAAAAGUUACCAGUAAUUUCUUUAGUCUCCUUGCUCCACGCAGAGAAGAGAUUUUUUCAAGGAGGGAGCAUGUUCCCAUUUUCAAAGCCAUGGCUGAUAAUCAAACCCACAGAUCAAAUCACUCAAAAAGUUAUACAAGGGAGGGAAAGGGCCAAGUACCUACCCCAUACCCUUCUUUUAUGCCAUUUUUAUUUCGGAAAAGGUUCCCCUUUAGUAUACCUUGUAUUGGCAAAUGGUACCCCUUUCACCUACUAGUUUAGAGCUUUGCAUCCCUUUUAACUGCUGUAAAUGCACUGUCUUUUUGAUAUGAAUAAAUCAGAAAACCAGAACGUUUUCUUGGAUUUUCACAGCCAUGAAAUGCAUUUGUUAGCCCUUUGAAAUGACAGAUUUCCCUACACUUUCAUUUACUUCAACAAGUGAAAUCCCUACCCUCUUAUAUUCCUAAGCCUGAAAAAGAAAAAGGAACCUCUUUCAUCUGGAGCCUCCUCGUAGAAGAAGGUUUUAGAAUUAAGAAAGAGGUACAAUUGCAGCCAUCAUGCAUACCUGCUGUUGACUCAUGCAUACCCACUGUUGACUAAGUUCAGAUCACUAAAAGUAGAAAGAGAGGUAUAACUUUAUCUGUCAUACUGUAAGUAAAGAAAGUAAUUUGAACUGAGGUAGCCUAAGAGAACGAAUGGGGAGAGAAAAGAGAACUUUUUUUUCCUCCUCUUCUCGUUCUCAGACUCCUCGCGGUCGGCCGAGGUGUCUGGGGUCGGUCUGGGUAGCCUGUGCAGUAAGUGCAGUGUCGUGUCUCACCCAGCACCUGUGAAAUGGCGGCUGUAAACGGCGUACAAGAUAGAGGAGGUCCUUACAUACUUCUAUUUCUUGUCAGACAGUAAGUGAGUUGUUUUUUUCUUUUGUUCUAUUUUAGAAACUGUAUAUGCUGAAUUAAAAAGAGGGUUUACCGUGAAAGAGGGCAAGACGACCGGCGAACUCAUUUUGAAAGGCGGUAUUAUAUUAAAUAUAUAAAUACGAAAGCAUUAUGAGCUCAAGUAAGCUUACGUUUAAUUAUUUAACCCAUAAAUGGUUUCAGCUAGCAUCCCAGGAGAUUUUGUGAUGCUUGCCAAGAGGAUAAUGUUAAUAGUUAUAUCAUCCUUGCAUAUAUGACUCUUCAGCGCAGAGGGAUUAUUUUUCACUUUAUAAAGAAUGCACCCCAUCAGAGACAAUAGUAUUGUCUCUGUUAGGCUUGAGUAUUUUGGUUAAGUUCAGCCUGGGUUCAGUUUAAGCUUAAAGCUGCUUGAGUUUCAAUGUUUCUGAAACUUUAUUAGCAGUUGCACUGAGAAUAGGGAAAAUAGCCAAUCAAAGUUAUGGUAAAAUCCAUGAAGCUGAUAAGAAUCUCAUGGAUAUUAGUAUCUAUAAAAGGAGGUGGGGAGGGCAGGGGGAAACAUGGUUGCACUCUUAUAUUGGCCACUUUGACAUGUAGUGAGAUUGUGUUUCAACAAGAAAAAGUGGAUAGCUACAACUUUGCACUCUACAUGUGGCAUUUUCAAAAAUCUGGCUGACUGAUUUUCUAAAACAAGCAAGUCCAAGACCCAGUGACCUUAAAUGCUGUGUGCUAAAAUGGUACAUUUUGCAAGAUUGGCCAGGUUGGAUUUUUGAAAAUAUAACUACCAAACUCUAGAAUGGACAACUUGAGGUGGCUGGAUUGGAUUUUUUUAGGGCCAAUACCUCCCAAGUUUGAGCAUUAACUAUGUCGCCAUUAACAAAGAUAUGGAAAAAUGAAUUCCACAGCUUUAUUAGACAAAGAUGAAAAUUUAUCAUGAGCAGUGUAAUGUUGACAUCAGAGUCAUCAUAGCAACAAAAUGACAUCAUUAUCUAUUUACUUACAGCCAUAUUUCUUGGCACUGGGCGUUUUUUCCACAAUUGCUCAUGAGAGGUUGUUCCUCCUAUACGUGCCCCAGUGUCCAAGAAUUUGGGGCAAAAUACCGUAAAAUUCCGAAAAUAAGCCCCAGGGCUUAUAUUUUUCAAAGGCCCUUUUUGAGGGGCUUAUUUUUGGAGGGGCUUAUCUACGGAGGGAAAUUUGCGUUUCAAAAUAGAUAGGGCUAGCCUUAUAGUUGGAAGUAAAUUUACCAUUUUUGCUUUGUUUUACUUUGUAUUUGAGGGAUAUUUUUCAAGUACAAGCCCCCGGGGGGCUUAUAUUUGGAGGGGCAAUUUAACUGAGGGUUUUUUGCGUUACCAGUUUGGAGGGCUUAUAUUUGGAGGGGCUUAUACAUGGAGGGGCUUAUUUUCGGAAUUUUACGGUAUUUGAGCGUUUUUUAAUUUUUUGGUAUGAGGUUUUUAGUGGAGCACCAUGGGUAAGACAAAUUGGAAACCCAUGGAAGCAAGAAAAUUUGGUUAUGAUUUAGCGUACGCCUGAACAACCAUCCGUACACCCAAUACAUGUGGGCCGAUGUCAAAAUUAAUGUCAGGUUAUCAGUUUGGUGGGAAAUAGCCUGUUCCAGACUCCGAGAUAGUCGGGCUCGCUGAAUUGAGAAAGCACGAACACAAAAAUAAAAUGUGAGGAACCUGGGGAGAGAAGGGGUGGCGGAGCUUGUAAUCAUUUCUUUAAACAACUUAUUGCGGUAUACCAGCUCCUGGUAUACCCUCUGAUUGGUCAGAUUUACCAGAUUAUAUCAACACUCUCAAAGCGCGGUCAUUCCUGUCACUCAGAAAGAUGGCAUGCAGCAUCCACGCACGUGAAAUAGUGGAAUCCACUAUAACUUCUGUGUUAAACGAAUGUUUAUGAGAUUUCCCACACAUAGGAGCGCUGAGGGAGGAACAGAAGACUUUCCUUGUGAACUUGACACAUAGAAAAAAUGUUUUUGCAAUCCUGCUGCCUGGCUUUGGUUUUGCCUGAUAACAAAGAGGCAACAACAGAACAGUCGCAGGAAGAAGUUAUCUACACGCUCCAGUCAAAACUCACAUUAUCUGAGGAUCUCUUUAGAAGAACUAGCCUGCAAAAACAGCAUCCCCAGUGGCGAAGAGCGAGGAGAAAUAGCUGUUUUCGCAGGCUAUAGAAGAACAAGCUGGAGUUAAAAAAUCAUUGCUUAAAGAGCAAUCUUGACUGACCCACAAUGUAGUUCUCCAUAUUUAAAGUAGCUUCAGUUUAAGUUGCAAUCCAUUCUUCGAAAUUUGGAUCUGUGAAUUACUAACAGUAAGAGUUCAACAUCCUGCAAAAACACUAAUGAGGUGGGCCCAGCGUGACAAAACUCAUUGUAGGAAACCAUCACAUUCACAGACAAAACAAAAUUGCUUUAUUCAGAUCAAGGACGGACUUUGGAGAAAAUUAAAUGCUCUUGCAUCGGACAAAAAAUCAUCAAUCAUGCCAAGCCAACCAGAAACGAUAACCGCUGAGAAUCAAUAUGGGUGUCACAACCUAUCAGCAUGAAGCAAGCAGCAACAUUGUUUGCUCAGUCAAAAUGUAGACCCCUCCAGAGCAUAAUCUACCUGAAAGAGAAAAUAUUCGUUGGAACAAGCAGCAUUUUGGCACGAGGUAAACGUUGGUGUUGCCUACCAACCUGCUUUUUGCACUCCAAAUUGCUCAUGCUUGCUUGAGGGAUUAGUGCAGUGUAAAAUAAUUUCAUGAGAAAUUUGAGAAAGAUUCCAUUGACAUUUCAACGGUUUGACAGCCAAAAUCUAAUUAUCUCAAACGCUCCAAAAGUGGGCAGAAGAGGGUCGUAAAAGAAAUGAAUACAGGCUCUCUCCCAUUUCCAUUUUCCUUUUUCCCGCCUCGCCAACAUUUUCACAUGCCUUUUACUUUCACGUCUUUCCCACUAUCUGCAAGCCUUGAACAGGCUAGGUGGGAAAGGGUGUGGCCACCCGCGUCUUGUGAAGCUAAGACAACUAUAGAGUCAAUAAAGACGAAAACAGAAAAAGGAAAAUUUUUCUGUAUUCUUGUUGUCUAAAAAAAUUGUCAUGCCCACAAAUUUGGAAAAUAGAAAAAGAGCAAGUAGGGGGACAGGCCAGCGAAGCUCAACAAGAAAAAGAGCUAGAGCGAGAGAGAAAAAACAAAGGAGACAUUUUUGGUUGGAGGAACAACAUGAAAUUUUGUGCCUGUGGUGAGAAAAUGAGAAAUCAGGGUCGGCCAGGGUUUUUGGGUAUAGGGUAUACAGGGGCUUUUUAAAUCGGAUAUACGGUAUAUUGCAGCUUAAAUACGGGUAUUCGGUAUAUCACUUUCUUUGAAUUUCAGGUAUAAAGUAUACCUGGGUAUAAUUUUUGGUAUAUUUGGAUGAAUUUUGGGUAUUUUGGCGAAUUUUUUUCAGGUAUACUGGUAUACAACUACCCCCCCCACCCCCACCCCCCCCCCCCCCCCCCGCCCAACCACUUAUCCCCCCCGCGGGAAAGGACCAAAAGGGAAAAAAAAAGCAAAAAAAAAAAAAAAAGAAUUAUAAAAAAAUAAACUCUAAUAAAAGUUAAGACAAAAAAUGAAAAAAGAAAUAAAAAAAGAGAUGGGAUUGCGGUUUUUUGGAGGUUAAAUUCGGGUUUUCGGUUUAUCACUUUCUUUGAAAUUCAGGUAUAAAGUAUACCUGGGUUUAAUUUUUGGUAUUUUUGGAUGAAUUUUGGGUAUUUUGGGGAAUUUUUUUCAGGUAUACUGGUAUACAACCACCCCCCCCCCCCCCCCCCCGCUGGCCGACCCUGAGAAAUGCUUGCAUCCACCAGGGUGAAAAUGAGCGACGUGAAAAAAAAGUGAACAAGUACAACAUUUCAUUCAUAAAAAGUUUCACCUUGGAGUCGUGCUAAACAAUGGCAAACAAAUGUACAAAAAAGUGUGCUGCACAUGGGAAAUUGUUUUCGAGCUAAUUAGACCUAUUGCUGUUUUUUUGCCGUUCUCGUUGCAUUGGCCGCUUAGCAUUACAGGAUUUUAUAUUUUGUUUUGAGCAAACUACAAAUAUUAUUGAGAGCUUUGCUUUUAGCCCAGGCUAAAUCUAUUUAUUAUGGUUAGAAAUACAGCGAAAACUGGAAAAUCUCAAUGUUUGGACUUUUCUAAAUAUUCUUUAGAAAAUGAAGCAUUUUGAAUGAAUUGCAAUUUUCAGUUUCAAUCAUGGAGAUAGCUUUAACUGAUUGCCGGAAUUUGAGAAAGAAGGAUUUGAUUAGGAUACCUUGAGGUGCUCUUGUUGGCAUUUUUGUAAAUAUUUUGGUCUACUGUAACAAAUGAGCAAAUAAUUUGGAAACUGCACAAUAGAGUUUUUUCAAAAUAUGUUAAUUGAAAAAAUCUAAACAAGUCAAUGAUCAACAUAUGAAAUCUUCCAGCAGGCUCUAUUAGCCUACUAAUCAGUGAAAACUGCUGCAAUUUGCCUAAAAUAAAACCAAAACUCAAGUUUGGAGGAUCUGAGAAACCCAAACAUCACAACACAGAAGGAUAAGGAGAUGCAAAAAAGAGGGAGCAAAGAGAAAAGAAGAAGGAGAGAAAAAAGCAGUUGUCACACUUUUAGUUUUUAUAAUGGGCUAAUUGUAUCCUGAGUUUACUUUGAUUGACUUUUUGCUUUCUAAUGAUAAUAAUAAUAAUAAUCUUUUAAUCUUUCAUCACAUCACUGUGGUUUUCAGAAAGGACCUAACGUAGAUUAAAACAUAGUUACUAGAUGAGAAUGGUUAUGAAAAGCAGCAAACAUCAAUGAUAAAAACAACACUGCUGCAGUUUAUGUUGGAAGCACCCUGAAAGUCAAUCCUUUGUUUUCUGUUGGCAAAUUGUUACAGAAUAAAUUCAUGCAACGUUUUUGUUGGUCAAUACAAUCAAAAUCAAAGGAAUGCUCUUGAAUGUUGUGUACUUUCAGGUCCACAAAAACAUAAAGGAGUCUGAUGGGUUUCAUAACCAUUCCACUCAAUUAACUAUGAUUAAAAGUACUAAAUUAGACUAUAUACAGUAAAAUGAAAGAUACCUAGAAAGAAAUAUAUAUAUAUAAGUACUAAAUUAAAAAUUGAUGAAAAGCUACAAUUGAAAUACAAAAAGCAUUAAAGAAAAAAGCUGCUAAAAGUGCUAUGCUUAAAAUUCACAAUGUCAGGUGCAUUUCUAAUGUCUUUUUCUAGAUUAUUCCAAUCUUUCAGAGAGUGAUAACACAGUCUCUGUUUACCCCAGUUUUUGGUUUCAGGGGUAGUCUUAGACUUGCCUACAAGUCGAGCUCAAAUUUUUUCACGAGUGCAAAGCAUGAGUGGUAGAUUUCCUUAUGUUUUCUGCAGCGAAGAGAGCAAAAGCUCGACUUGUUUCCCCUGCAGAAAAUAUCAUCAAGUGACGUUAUUUUGGUGCGAAGUAUUUGCGUCCCUGUCGUGUGUGUUGUUGUUGUGUGCGUGUAUUGUCGCGAGCUGUCUAAGUAUGUCAAAACAAACAAAUAACGGAAAAAAUUCGGAUAAGAGAAAGUAAAUAAAGGAGUGUUCAAUUUGAAAAACGGGUAGUGAACAAAAGUGUCAUCUUGUGAUAUUUGUGAGCUCACUCUCCAGACGUUUCGGGCUCAUUGCAAGGUUUCCAUACGCCAUGAAAGAAAACAUAAAAAAUAUAAAAACUUUGUAGUGUGUGCGUUUAAUUGAAACAAAACAAGUCGGUAAUGUUUUUUUACUCCAUGGCUGCCAGGAAAAUCAGACCUUGGUAAAGUACUCAAAUGGAGGAAGAUAAAACGCCUACUAAAGCUUUGUAUUUGGAUCAAAACAGUUCAAGUUACGUUUCAUGUGGCGUGAUUGGGUUUGAUUGACGGCGCAUCAGUAAAACCAUUUGUGAUUGGAUAAAACCUACAGGAGGAAAAUUCCUCCUGUAAAUUUGGCGUGCUGCAGGGGAUAAAAAUCCUUCGCGCUGGGGCCAACUACCGGAACCGGAAAUGAGAAGUGAAGGACAGUCUAGGGUAUUCUAAGCAUGUCUCUAUUGCUUGUAUUAUAAUGAUAUGAACAUCCCUGUUUGUUAGUAGCUCCAUUGAGUGAUCCAUAAGGCCAUUAAUUGCAUAUGCUGUGCAAUAUCUUACUGAAAGGAAGAUUAGUCAUUUCUAUAAUGUCACUUCAUUGCCUCUCCUUUUUUUUGCACUAUACUGGAGAUGUAAGCCCCUCCCCCCUCUUUUCAAUGUCAUAGAAUACAUGCAGCUUUCUGAAGUGAAUCCAAACUCAAGCUAAACCCUGUUUGAUCAAUACAUUUGACCUCAAUCAACAAUGAACAAGCGUCUGGGAGAGAGGGGGUAAGGGCUUCUUUUUUCCUAGUGGAGGGGGGAGGGGGCUAUUGCUGCCUGUGUUUUUCAACCAAAUGGCAUGUAAACCAACUACUGUGUCAUAAUUUCUAGCAAAUUGUAUAAUAAUAAUAAUAAUAAUAAUAAUUUUUAUCACUUUCCAAAAUUAUCAAAUUAUCACAAGUACAUUUUUGCAAAGAGCUCUUCCAUUAUUGUUUCUGUUUUCUUUGUGAAAUGGUGCUUAAGCGUCCAGGUUUUUUAGCAUGACAAGCAAACAGAAAUUUCAACCUUUUUAAUAAUGAGUCCCUUUUUUAAACUCUGUUGGAUAAUGUAUCCAUCAUCAUUUUGGUUGAAAUUAGACAAAAUCAUUGAAGCAUUGCUUUGCCCUUUCUCUCUUUAAUGGGAAAUUCAGAAAACCGUGAACUCCAGAAAUAUUUCUGGAAUGUUAUUGUGUUGCAAGGAAAAGGAAUCAGGCAUAAGAAACUAAACCACAAGCAGCAAAGUUUAUUAGCUUGUGGCUUUGUGGCUUGCUUGCAAUAUCACCAGCCUGAUCUUUGCUUUGACUGUUUAAUAUUUUAUAAUAAGACAAUUAACAUUUUUGGAAUGUUUCUCUCCAGUAAAGUGAUCACAGUGUUCUUAUUAAUAGUUAAACAGUAAAACUCUUUUUUAACAAAAUUUGUAAUUUUAACUACCAAUAAAUUGUUGUCUGUAAUUUUCUUAUCCAGUGGUCAAACUCCAGAAAACAAGAAUGACAUAUUUCAAGGUAAAAACACAGUGUUUUUCUCCAUCUAUAGACUUAAAUAUAUUUUUAAGGGCUCUUCAUGCCAUUGGCCCGAGUGAAAAAUUGGUGUAGCACUGAUUGUGCCUUGCAAAUUAAAAAAAAAUGCUGGUGCAAAUUUUAAAUAUUCAGAAAUGUGUGUUCAAUUAACACUAAUGGUAAUUAUAUUAAUUUAGACACAUUGCAAAAGGAAUGGCAUUCUUCUAGGAAAGCUUAAUGUACCGUCCCAACAGAAAACUGAUUUUUCCCCUUUAUUGUAAUAUUGUAUGAAGAAAGACAAUCAUAUAAUUUACAACUGUGCAUGUGGUCAGUUGUAGACCACAUUUUUACUUCAUCUGCAACUUAUACACUCAUUGAGACAGACUUUAUCAUGUGUUUGCAUUUAUUAAAUCACUGGUUUAAUUUUAUUGAAAUUGUAGGACAAAUAGAUACUUUUUUGUCGGAGGAAGGAAUUGAACAAGCCCAGCUGGUUGGUACCAAACUGCAAGAUGAACGGUUCUCACACAUUUUCUCCAGUGAUUUAUCAAGGGCACGGAAUGUAAGUUUCAUAUCAUAUAAAUUAUCGGGGUGUACUGCCAAACAGUUGGAGAAAAAAAAUUAGAAAUUAAAAAACUACUUCAUCACUGUUACAUUCCUCAAUUUCCAUGUGCUAAUGAUGCAUUAUCUUUACAUGUAUUUACAUUAUUUUAUUUAAUUUUUUUUUACAACAGCCAACUUUCCCUUAUGCAGACACCUUUAAGACUGGCACCAUCUAUGUGCCUGUCUUCGAGAGAUGUCCGUCCUAUAGAGAGUAAACUAAAAGGAGCAAAAGAAAGGCAGCACACAACUCUAGCUGUCCAGUGUGGCAAGGUGUCCAUUAGGAGAGUUGACUGUAUUUUCUUUUUUUUUUGAGUUAUCUUCUUCCUUAAUGUUAGUGUUUACAAGCAGUUGAUGGCACUUUUUCUUGUAGAUUUUUACAACGGGCACAGUAUCAUUUUUGCUAGAUUUGCCCCUUGUCUCCUCUUUCAGUUGAAUAUUUUAUUACCGUAAGUCCUCUAUUUAGAAGCCCCCCCUCUCAAAUAAGCUUUCUCCCUCUAAUAUUUAACCUCCCCUUUUCAGGGGAAGAAAGUAAAUAAGCCCCCACUACCCUCCCCUAAUCCUCCUUAACUAAUAACUGAUAGACUGUAUUAAUCAGUCACGACUGUUAAACUUUGUGUAGACUGAUCCCGGAUGGUUUGUUCACCAACUGGAAGUUCAGAUUCGAUUCUGAUCCUCGGCUGCAUGACCUCCAACGGUCUUGUACAUGAGCUUUUCCACUUUGUAUCUAGGUCUUUAUGGAGAGCUGGUACCGUUGUCUUUUCUAAAUGAAAUAAGCCCCCUCCCCAACUCCUCUCAAAUAAGCCCCCCCUCUCUAUUACCUCAAAUGGGCUUGAAAUAAAUAAGCCCCCUCCGGGGCCUGAUAGAGGAUUUACGGUAUUAUUUAGUACAACAAAAUGUACCAAGGCUGUGCUCUAGCAGUUCCUGGUGGCCCCUGGUGCUUUCUUUUUGCUCCUGGGUGACUGAAAAAUCUUAUUUUAUUCAUAGAAAGCAUUUGCUGGGCACCUUGUAUUUCACAGAUUGAAAGAAGUGGGUUCCCUUCAAUUUUUCAUAGAGCACAGUCUUGAAUACAAUUCUUGAUUUGUAUGAAUAAUGUUAAUACAAUUCUUGAAUUGUAUGAAUAAUGUUAUGCUUGUUUCUUCAAACUUUCUUAUUAUGCUGGAUUGGACAAAUCAAUAACUGAAAACAUGCAUGUUUUAAAAAGAACUAUCACUGUAUGGCUGGUAUGCUGGGUAAAAGACUUGCAAACAUAGUAUUACAUGUCUGUCACCCUUGGCUGGGGACUGGGGAUUCCCUCCGCCCCCAGCUACUGUGAGCAUAACCAAAGCCUACUGUUCAAUCGGCCCCUUCUGAGUUUCAAAAAUGCUCACUUUCAAAACGAGGCUAAGUACAUGCGCAAUGUCGUCCAACUUUGUUUGGCUGCAAAUAAUUUUCUGCUCAUGCGUAAAGGUAACCAAGCUUUUCUCCUUCUUGCAACGACUCUUGCAUGAAAAUGGCAGAUCACUUCACUUACCGAAGAUAUCCAUUAAAAAACAAACUCGGUGAUUGAAUGAUAAACAAUAAUUAUUGAACUCGGUUAUCGCUGAAAUCAUGAUUUGUUAGUGUCUCGAAGAGAAAUCAUUUGCCUCAGCCUUCGGCUGACAAAUCACAAUAUUUUGCUUAACCUCAUUCAAUAAUUGUUGUUAAAUCAUCAUAUCCAUGGCUUUGCACUUAGCCUCAAUUUGAAGCAGAGCCUUGGGGCAACUCGAAAAUUGGGCAUUCCGAGCUACAUGAAAUCUUAGCGACAGCUCUGUAUUAUUUUAUUGCAGUUUUUACACUUCCCCCCGACUCUUGAUGACUCAUUUUCCUUUUGUAAAAAUACAGGAAAUACAGGAUAAUUUGGAAUGAAAAUCUUGCAGUUAGUUAUAACAAGUCAUCUAGGGGUCUCCUGCCAGUGUAUGAUACAACAUUACGUUUAAUUUUGUUCUGUAUGUAUUCAGUUGAUUUGGCUGUAGUAAAUAAAGAACUGAACUAAACUUUUUUUUCACACACCCUUUCAAUUUGGAGUUACAUCUAAUUGCCAGUGACCUUUAGUGUCAAAUAAAAGUUGAUUUAGAUCUUUGUAUUUCUUAGACUGCAGAGGAGAUUGUCAGAAAAAGUAAUUUCUGUUCUCACUUGAAAAUUGAGCAGGACUCUCGACUUAGAGAACGAGUAAGUACAAUAUUAUCAUUUGUCUUACUUUAAUAAUUUAGUGCAAUAAUACAAGCUUCCUAGAUUUCAUAGGAAAAAAGAGCUUGUCAAAGUGGUAUGAUGACAAAGGGGUAUAACACUAAUAGCUGGAUGCAAUUUGUGUCACAUAGUGUUGUGGCACAGAAUAAUGUAACUUGUCUAAAUGUGACACAAUUAGACUGUUGCACAGAGUUGUGUGACAUACACAGUAUGACCCAAGAAGUGGUAGGCAGUGCUGUGACAAAUAAUGAAGUGUUGUGACACAUUUGUAUAUUGAUAUAGUCUGCUACACAGCCGUUUUUAGUGUCCUCACGCAAUGCUCCUCCCCAGGGGCAUUGCGUGACAACACUAAAAACGGGUGUGUAGCAGACUAAUAUUGAUAUGGAGUGAUAUGACAUUAGUGAGACAUAAUUAUGGUCUUUUAUAAAAUAACUAAGAUAGUAUGAGCGCUCUGAUUGUUUAAAAACCUAAGUUUAUUGUGCCGGUAAACUCAUAGAAAACUUAAAGUUACUUUAUAAAAGCAACAGACCACACUUUCUAUGGGUUUAACCGCGUGAUAACCCACUUGGGAUGUUGGGAGAACACUCAAAAAGCUUAAAUCACUCGCCUUCGGCUCAUCAUCUACAAGCUUUUCUCGUGUUCUCCCAACAUCCCGUGUAGGUUAUCAUGCCGGUAAACCCACAGAAAGUGUGGUCUAUUGCUUAAAAAUAGUGCAGUGUCACAGUGGCAUGAUAUAGGUCUUGCAGCAGAUAGAGUGCUACAGGCUAGGGUACGGUAAUGUGUCGCAGUGGAUGAACAUACCAGUAGAUAAAACAAGAACGUGCCUACAGCGGCAUUCAGGUCUCGCCUGCUUGGAGAUUAGAUCGAGAAAUGAGGAGGCGAUUAAUUCUACAAGAAACAUGGUUUACUCGCUAAAGUUUCUUUACUUUCUACUUUAUCGACGUCAAUACUUUUAUUUGUUUCUGAAUUGAUUUAGUACAUGUGUUAGUGACGACCAAAAAUAGCCCUGCGGUCGCAGGCUAUACGCAUGUAUAAAUACACAAAAAUUCAAGGGCCUCGAUUCCAGAGAAAUUGCAUCAUUGCCAGAGAUCGAAAAAGUGAUUUACAUGGCACGUCAUUUCAAUCAUCACCGAAAAUAAAUCGCAUGCUCAUAACAAGACUCAUUUGCAUACAGUGAAAGUUUACAACAUCCUACCAUGGCAAUUUUGCUAAUUAAGGUUCUUAUUUUUUUUGACCACUCAGUAGUGUUCACUUGCCCCAAAGUAAUCAACACUUUCAACUGAUAGAAUUCGUGGACGGACACAUUUUGGAAAAGCUCUAAAUUUGAUCUUUUCUAAGCUUUCUUCACAAAACAUGCGUGGCUUCGAUCACGCAUCAAUUCUUAGUCCCAGUUUCCUCAGUCUCCGCAAGGAACACCUUGCACAAUGACCUGCCUUUUGUGUCCCCAAAAAAAAACAACCAAAAAUACCCUUUCUGAUUAGCAGGAUUGAUUACAAUCCUUCUGUAAUUUGAAUUUCCUCAAAAAACAGCCUUCGCCCGUCGGGCAAGUUAAGGACAAAAAUCACUAGCCAGAUAGCAAAAUCCACUAGCCCCGAGCUAUCGGACAUGACUUUCUUUGGACACUGCGCUUCCUGAAAUCCUUACCCUAUUUCAGACCAAAAUCUGUGAUUUUCCCUACCCUAUUUCAGACCUGAAGCCCUGUAGCCCAGCACAUGACCGGAGCGCGUCACAAGCUGUUACUGCACAUACAUGGUAGUUGGCAUAAACAUUAAAAGGGAAAUGUUCUUAUCACCAAAUGAUGAAGAAGUAGCUAAUUCUUCUAAAAAAUUCCCAACUGAAGAAUAGAGUGCACAAACCAUACCCUAUUUCAGACCAAAAUGGUCGAAAUUGAUACCCUAUUUCAGACCAAAACGGCUAAAAAAAACAUACCCUUUGGCACAGCACAUACCUAUGUAGCCUAUAUAAGGACCACCCCCCGGGGCAAAAAACGCAUUGCAGAUUAUGAGUCUCACUGCUUAUGCAAGCAAGACUAAUAAUAGAUGUGACACUAAAAUAAACAAAGAAUAAAUUUUUGUUGCUCAUAUGUUUGAUAUUUUCAUUUUGGCAUGUGUUGAAUGACCAGUCACUAGUCAAAGAAGUUACAAUGUAAAACCACAUUCUGGUUGAUCUGUCUUGUUUUCCCUUUUUGGCACAUAGUCCUUACUUACAUGCAUAUAAAGUAUUUAUUAAUCUGUAUGGAGUUUAGCCAAGUUUCUUGCUGACAGUGAGGUUAUUGAUGUACAUUUUCAAACAGUUUCCUUGUGAUUGUUUAGUGUUAUGGUGCAGCUGAAGGAUGCUCAAAGCCAGAGUUUCUUCAAAUGGCAGCAAAAUUUAGUGUAAAACCACGUGAUUUUGUUCCUGAGGGAGCUGAAACACUUGACCAAGUAAGAAGAAGAGUUGGAACGUUCUUUGAUUCCAUGAUUGAUCAUAUUGGAAAUUCAUUCAAUGACAGUAACUGCGCCACGUGUGAAACCCAGAAUCAUCCUAGUCAUCAAACUGAGAAUAAAAAUUGUGUACCAACCUCAGAAGAGGGGAUUCACAAGGGACAAAAAUCGUCCUGUGUGGCUAACCUUCUUGUUGUUAGUCAUGGUGGAGCUAUACGAGAGUUACUCUACUACAUAGCUGAGAAAUAUCCUACAAAGUUCCUGGAGAAACCCAGAAUUGGAGCAGUCUCCCCAAACACUGGAGUUUCAAAAUUUCAAAUUAAUUUAAAUGAACAGACAAAAGCGAUCGAGUUUGUUACAUGUUUCUAUUUACAUAAUGCAGACCAUCUAAAAGACACAAAAGACCACUUCUAG